GUCGAGUCGAGCCCACUGUAUGUCGAGUCAUGCCCACGUGUGCAAGGGAUUGGACAAGGAUUCUUCUUUGAAACCGUUGUUUAUGAUGGAUGUCAUCAAUGCAACAGCCCAAGGGUUCUCCAUCAUUCCUCUACAACAUUGCACCGUACCAGUCUAUGGAAGUGAAGCUCAUAGUUGCUGACAAGAAGAAGGCCACAUUGAGAUAGUUUUUGCCUUCAUCUUUGAUACCAGUGCUUACCUCUGAUACCCUUCUUGUUCUACCCCGGAUAUAUCAUAGUACCAUCAUGUCUCCCGCUAUUAAUAGUAGCAGCCCCGAAAGUCCCACGGCGACAACGACCCCCACCUACUACGAGAAGGGUUCGGUGGAACUUGCGGUGGAGACUCCCGUCAUGAUGAAACGCUUGGAAAAGAGACGAACUCUGACGGGAGGAUCCAAGGAUGCCGAACGACUCUUGAUUGUGCUGGUGGGUCUACCGGCACGUGGGAAAUCCUUUAUCGCUCGCAAGCUCUUGAACUAUUUGGUCUGGCGAGGCAAUCAGUGCCGCAUCUUUAAUGUGGGCAAGUAUCGACGACAACAACAAGUCAACGACGAACAGGACGACGACAACAACUUGAACAACAAUAGCAAGCAAGAUGCCAAUUUCUUUGAUGACACCAAUGCCACGGCGGCCAAGUUGCGUCAAGAAGCUGCGGAAAUGGCCCUCAAGGAAACCUUACAGUGGCUGGAAGGAUCUGCCGGGUUACCACUGAUAUCCGAUCUUCAGGAUUGCAGCAAUGUAUCCUUUAGUUUCCGCACCAAUAGUGGAGCUUCUUCAGCAGCAGAAGAUGACAGCAGUACGUCUACUGGCAACAGCUACUACGAAAACGCCAUUCCCGGCCACAUUAGUCACAGCCAACGACGGCAGUUCCACCGAAUUGCCAUUUUUGAUGCAACCAAUUCCACCAAGGAACGACGACAGUGGAUCUUGCAGGAAUGUGCCAAGGCCGACAAGGUCUACCAAAAGCGCACGGGGGUACUUUUUCUGGAAAGUAUCUGUGAUGAUCAGGAACUUUUGCAAGAAAAUUUCAAGGUCAAGAUCUCCUCGUGUCCGGAUUUUGACGGCAUGACCGAAGAAGCUGCCUUGAUGGAUUUGCAAUCUCGCAUUGCCAAGUACGAAGCACGCUACGAGACUAUGGACGAUCAUCGUCAGAGUUUCAUCAAGAUCUUUAACCUAUCCAGUCGACUCAUGGUCAAUCACAUUUACGGCCGUCUUGCCAAGGUGGUCCUACCUGCCAUUAUGGCAUGGAACACAGGAAGUCGACCCAUCUUUCUCUGCCGUGCCGGUGAGACGGAAGCCAUGCAAACGUACAUGCAACAACAGCAACAACAAAAUGAGCAGCGGCAACAACAACUCGACAAGUUCGAGUCGUUGGUCGAUAAUCGCAUCCAUCGCAAGCGCAGUGAUCGAUUGGGGGAACGUGGCAGAUGCUUUCGGGAUGCGCUCUGUGGCUUUGUGGAACAAGAGGGCAUGGCUUUCAUGAAACGACAAAAUGAAAACGCCGCGACCAAGACACGCAUCAACAUUCCCGGCAAAAUGGACACGGGUACCAGUAUUUCGGGUCUCUACGAAGAAGAAGAUCAUCCCUUUGAGCAUCAGAGUUGUGUUAGCGAUCAAAACGACGCUGAUUUGCCCUUCCCCUGCUUGGUCAUGAGCAGUACCAUGCCACGGGCUGUCGAGACGGCGACAUGGAAACCGCACCGAUUCCCCGUCAAGGAUGUAUCCAACUUGAAUCCUUUGGACAUGGGAGAUUUCACGGGGAUGGACUUGGCAUCGAUACGACAACAACAUCCCGAAUGGUACGAGCAGCUCAAACGAGAUCCUUUCCACACAAGAUUCCCUGGAGGGGAAAGCUAUUCCGAUCUCAUUGAUAGAUGCCAUUCCAUCCUCAUUGACGUCGAACAACAACUGGGUUUGACAGUGGUGAUUAGUCAUGUCAGUAUCCUACAAGUGUUGGUGUCCUACUUUCGUUCCACGCCCAUUCAUGAAUGCAUGGACAUUGAAAUCCCCAUGCAUACCGCCAUGAAGUUUGUGCCGCUGCGAGGAGGUGGAUGGCACGAAUCCCAACAUGCGCUGUUGCCCGAUGGCGACGUCUUGGAACAAACCACAAAUACUGAAGGAGGGCCGCUAGGUGAUGAACCCAUCUGGGGCGACAGCAGGUCCUGCCUUCCACGUCGGUUAUCAUCCACCAACGACUUGAAUAGUAGUGAAUAAAUAAAUGUCAUGUGUAACAAGUGAUGCUAGUUU